GCUUUCAUAAGAGCAAACGGGGAGCUCGACGCAUCACAACAAGCAGCGAGUCGUCGACAGGCGCGCGACUUUGUUUCUGCCGGCUAAACCUUGUGGAGGUGGAAACGGGACUGCCCUUGAAUCUCCUGAGCGGCAUUUGUCCUCCUCUCUCGGGAAGGACGACGAACACCGUCCGGGGCUGCACUUUUGAGGUAACUGUGGUCAAAAAGAGGAGCUAGCUAGCGACCUUUUCCGCAGGUUAUACCGCCAACCCUCGUAUUCCUCGGAGGACUCCUGCGGUCAAGUCAGGGCGAUGAAGCUGCCGCGCUCCUCCGGACUGGUCGUCUGCGCUGUGUUGUUGAUGUGGCCGCUGUUCGCCUCGUGUCACCCCGCACAGACUUCAGAUCAGCAGCAGCCCAGGUUGCUGUUCCUGGAGCAGUUCAGCCGUCAAAGUGUGGGAUUUAACUGGAGAAAUGCCACCUGCUUCUUCUGCAAAACGGUCUUCAGCAUCCUUGAUGUCAUCCUUCUGAGCAACACAAAUGAAGAGCGGGUGGCACAUGCAGUAGGAGAGGCAUGCAUUCGUCUCCAUCUGGCUGAUGAGCAGGUGUGUCACGAUAUAACAGAGUUGUUCAGGGAUGACUUCCUCCGGGCUCUGGAGCAGUCCUUGCUGUGGCCCACUGAAGCGUGCGCCCUGCUUGUGGGCCCUUCCUGUGGCAAAUUUGACAUCUAUGCCCCGUGGAACAUCACCCUGCCAAAGGUCCAAAAGCCCCCUGUUACACCACCUGUUCUUCCCAAACCUGGCUCUCCGCAAAGCAGGGUCCUGUUUCUAACUGACAUCCACUGGGACAAAGAGUAUUUAGCCGGCAGUGCCGGAGACUGCAAGGAACCUCUGUGUUGUCGUAAAGACUCGGGCAUUCCCAGCUGGCGGCAGAGGGAGGCUGGGUACUGGGGAACCUACAGUAAGUGUGACCUGCCUCUGUGGACGGUGGAGAACCUCCUGGAAAACGCUGCCAGAGACGGACCCUGGGACUGGGUCUACUGGACCGGAGACAUACCAGCGCACAAUGUUUGGUCUCAGACCAGGAAGCAGCAGCUGUCAGAACUUACGGUCAUCUCCAGCCUCAUCCAAAAACACCUGGGGCUUAACGUGACAGUCUACCCUGCUAUAGGGAACCAUGAGAGUACACCAGUAAACAGCUUCCCCCCACCAUUCGUUCAUGGCAACAGAUCCUGCACCUGGCUCUACAACACUAUGGCAGAGGAAUGGGCCCUGUGGUUACCAGAGCAGGCUUUGAAGACUUUAAGAUAUGCAGGCUUCUACACAGUGGAGAUUGAGCCUGGUCUGAGGGUGGUCUCUCUCAACAUGAACUUUUGUGCGCGAGAAAACUUCUGGCUGAUGGUGAACUCUACUGAUCCUGCAAACCAGCUGCAGUGGCUGGUCCAUAUUCUCCAGGCCAGUGAGGACAAGGGAGAGAAGGUCCAUAUAAUUGGUCACAUUCCACCUGGCCUGUGUCUUGGCAGCUGGAGCUGGAACUACUAUCACAUUGUCAACAGAUAUGAAAGUACAGUCACUGGACAGUUUUUUGGCCACACACAUUUUGAUGAGUUCCAAAUGUUUUACGACGAGGCAACCAUGACCCGCCCAUUAGGAGUGGCAUUCGUUGCGCCCAGUGUCACUACUUACAUUAAUCUUAACCCAGGUUUCCGUGUCUACUAUGUGGAUGGGAAUUACCAAGGCAGUUCCAGGCUGGUACUUGACCAUGAAACCUACAUCCUCAACCUCACAGAGGCCAACCACAGUCCAGGAGCACCAAGUAUCCCCGAACCGAACCCCAAAUGGACCCUGCUGUACCGCGCUACCGAGGCCUACGGUCUGACAAGUCUGUUCCCUUCCGACUACGAUGGGAUGCUGCAGACCUUCAUCAAAGACGACCGGGCCUUCCAAAAGUUCUGGUACUUCAGACAUAAAGGACACGUGUCGGAGGCCUGCAGGGAGACAUGCAAAACCACGCUGCUCUGCUUUCUGCGAAGCGGGCGAUACGAUGAGCUGGAGCAGUGCGACUUGCGCAACGGUUUUGGAGGUAACAUGGCACGGGCUGCCAGAAAAACCCUCUGUUGACCAGAGGGUGUUAAAAAAUAUGAAAAAAAUUACCAAAUCUGAAAUUGUGUUUUAACUAUUAUAUUUUUUAGCUGGUUGUAAGGAACCAUAGUACACAAGGAAUGUAUUGGUUUAAGAGCAAAGUUACGAGAGCUCCUAAUGUGAACCUGACAUAAUGGAUAAUGGCUAAAGAACUUGGUUAUGCCUUGCGUUAUCGCUAAUGUUUUUCCAAAGACGUCUGAUUGCAAGCCUUGGGUUUGUCAACUGCUGUUUUGCAAUACCAAUUUUGUAAAGACUGCUUGAAAUUGUCCUGAAAGCUGUUCUGUUUACUUGACAUGCAGGAGUUUGGUCAACAGUCAUAAUGUAUGCAAUUCUAUUAUACUUGGUGCCUUGUAUUGGGAAAAAUUGGCAAACACAUCUAUCCUUAAUCUUGUCUUAAAAUAGCAUUAAUUUAAUGAUUCAGUGUCCUUGAAGAUAAAAUAUCACAAGACACUAUCAAUGUCUUGUAACUUGUGGCUACGUUGUCAAACAAAGCAGUACGCUGCUUACUCUAUAGAAUGUGGAUUAAUGAUCUCAGCCAUCGCUUAAGGUUUGAGCGUUGCAGUCAUUUUCACUUUAGCAACUCUGUGGGGAUUUAGGCCAGCAAAGUAUUCACUAUAUCAGCACAUCUGCCUCAAGACUUCAAAAAUAAAGGUGCCGUUUUCCCACUGAGGUUCAAAUCUGUCUGCACUUUAGGUUCACAAGCACAGGAAAUCCGCUCAGUCUUUGGUGUGACCAGAAAUGCAACUUGUAAAAUGAGCAACAAUUUAAAGUGACUGGAUGGUAUAAGCUGAUGUAUUAAACUAAUUAAAGUGC